AACAAACACCGAUCAUCUGUUUGGAAAUAUUUUUAAUUUCCAAAAAAUAUCCAAAAUAAAUUACAGACUUUAUACGACGUUUUUAUUUACUAUAUUACACGUUACGUUACUAUAUUAUUUACUUGAACGGACACAAUAGUUAAUGAUAUUCAAUAGCCAGUUAUUUCCAAAAUAGUGCUUAGCAAAUCAAUUGUAAUGGAGAAGAAUAAGUAUUCCAUAUUGCUUCCUACUUACAACGAACGGGAAAACCUUCCAAUAAUUGUCUGGCUUAUCAUCAAGUGCUUUGAAGAACAUGACCAUGACUUUGAAAUUAUUAUAAUUGAUGAUGGAAGCCCAGACGGGACGCUGGAAGUGGCGACUGAAUUGCAAAAAAUUUACGGAUCAUCAAAAAUUGUUUUAAAACCAAGACCUUCGAAACUUGGACUUGGAACGGCCUAUGUUCACGGAAUGCAACACGCGACAGGGAAUUUUGUAAUAAUUAUGGACGCAGAUUUGUCUCACCAUCCCAAGUUCAUUUCGCAGUUUAUUGCACUGCAAAAAAGCCAAGACUUGGACAUUGUGACCGGUACUCGAUAUGAAGGGACGGGGGGUGUUUACGGAUGGGAUUUUAAAAGGAAACUUAUUUCUCGAGGGGCAAACUUUCUUACUCAGAUAUUGCUUCAGCCAGGAGUUUCUGAUUUAACUGGAAGCUUUCGGCUGUACCGAAAAGAUGUUUUGAAAAAGCUUGUGGACAAUUGUGUUUCCAAAGGAUAUGUUUUCCAAAUGGAAAUGAUUGUAAGGGCCCGACAGUUCAACUACACCAUUGGUGAAGUGCCAAUUACAUUUGUGGAUCGUGUUUAUGGUCAAUCUAAACUUGGAGGAUCAGAAAUUGUCCAGUUUGUCAAGGGAUUACUUUACCUAUUCGCUACAACCUAACAAUAUAAUUGCUAUUGAACUUCAUGAUGUGAUAUUUCCCAUGCUAAACUAUUUGACAUUCCAGCUAGUUAAAAUCAGAAAUGAUGGGUUAAUCUUUUUACAUCACAGUAAUGGUACAAUUUUAUUUCCCAAUUUAUGUACCAAGUUAUUCUUGACCAUAUUUAUAAAUAUAAUAAAUCACAUUAAUUAUUGCAAUAAAGCUUUUGAGUUAUAAAUGUAAUA